UGCUGCUUUUGCCCACUAGACCAUUUCAUCAUAAACUUUGCCAUUUACGGUCUUUACCACUCAGCCAGGAAGAAUUUAAGUGAAGUAAAGACAUCGAUUACACAUGAUUGGAUGGAUAACACUACUCAUUUUCCGUUGUUCGUUUCUCGUGAGGAAGCCAACACAUUCUUAGGUUCUCUUGAUGCAACUUUUAUGAUCGCUUAUGCCUGUGCACUAUUCUUUUGGGGUUGGCUUGGUGAUCGUUUAAAUCCAAAACAUGUCGUUGUAACGGGUAUGGUUGGAUCAGCUGUUAUGCUUAUUCUUUUUGGUUGUUUGCCAGUGUGGUGCAAUUUUUAUAAUAUUCCGUAUUAUAUGGUUACUUACCUUGUAUUUGGAUUGGUACAAGCCUGUGGUUGGCCCAAUGAAAUCACGAUUAUGGCUAACUGGUUUGAUAAGAGCAAUCGUGGGUUUGUAAUGGGAAUAUGGGCAUCUUGUCAACCGCUUGGAAACGUUUUUGGAUCGUUCUUCACUGCGUGGAUUUUGCCGCAUGGUUAUGAGGUAUACUGCUUAUGUAAUGUUUGUCUCAAGCUGGUCAACUAUGCAUUUUUCUUUUGGCUUCCUCUGUAUCUCACCGAGACCUACCAUUGGAAGGAAUAUCAAGCUGACGAAAUAAGCACUUUUUACGAUGUCGGAGGCAUAGUAGGCAGUGUAGCCGGAGGAUACGUUUCGGAUAAAGUCGGAUGCCGAACUCCAGUUGUCGUCAUAAUGCUGAUUUCUUCUAUUGGGUCUCUAUUCUUUUACAUUCAUGCCGGUUCGUAUAUGAUUUUAAACGCUGUCAUUAUGAUGAUAGUUGGCGUUACUAUAUCUGGUCCAUAUAAUUUGAUUGUGAGCACGAUAUCUAUCGAUCUUGGAUCACAACCGGAUCUCGCAUCUAACGAACAAGCCAUGUCUACCGUAACCGGACUUCUGGAUGGUACUGGAUCCAUUGGUAGUGCCGUUGGUCAGUUCUUCAUUCCGAUAAUGCAAAAGACCUAUGGAUGGUCGUAUGUAUUCUAUCUGUUUAUGGACCCGCAUGAUGUGGUGGGUGGUGAACGCCGCGUUCGUUCCCCACCGCAGUCACCUGCACGUUGA